AUGGAGAUGCCCCAACACCUUUGUCCUUGUCAUUUAAAGCCCAGGUCCUCCAACGAUAGUAGGGAGCUUCGCGUCGAAAACGAAUGUUGUCGUGUACUAUGUAAGACCAAUACGCAAGGCUUCGUGCUCGUCUCCCCCGAGAAAACGGGGUGUCACCAAAUUGGCGAUCUCGCUAACCGGCCUUACCCCCUCUCCUGGGCCGGCAACUCACGACAGGGCCAGGGACCAAACCAAAAGGACCUGCUGCACUACUGCAAGGAGCCUAGCAUCGACGUCAUCGUGCUCUCCUUCAUCCACCUCUUCCCGGCGCAGGCCAACGGCCUCCCCGGCAGCAACUUUGGCAACCAGUGCCGCGGCGCCGUCUACCAGGGACCCGGGCGGGACCGCAGCAGGGACGCGCUGCAGGCCGACUGCCCGCGCCUCCGCUCGCAGGUGGCCGCGUGCCAGCGCCGGCACGGCAAGAAGCUGCUGCUGAGCCUGGGCGGCGGCACGUCGGGCUACCAGCUGACGGGCGCCGCGGCCGGGCGCGCGUUCGCCGACCAGCUGUGGGCGCUGUUCGGCCCGCCCGACCGGGCCAGCCGCCUGCCGCGCCCCUUUGGCGACGCGGCCGACCUCGACGGCUUCGACCUCGACAUCGAGCACCCGCCCACCGACGGCGGCGCCGGCUACCGCGCCCUCGCGGCCGGCCUGCGCGCCCACUUCGCCUCGCCCGCCGGCCGCCGCAAGCCGCGCUACCUGACGGCCAGCCCGCAGUGCGUCGUGCCCGACUCGAACCUGAGCGCCGUCGUGCGCGCGGUGCGGUUCGACGCGCUGUUUAUACGUUGA